AACAGAUUUUCGUGGAACAAUUUUCCAAUCAGAUGAACAAAGUUGAUAGUUUGACGUAACAGGUGUGCUGAGCCUUUAUAGUCUUACAAAGUCAACAUGAGUGAGGACAAUUAUAUGGUCAAUGAAGUGUUAAGCAGAAAAACGUACGGUUUCCCUAGCAACCAGUCUGUGUAUGACGCGGCGGGCUGUGAACUGAAGCUCUUUUCACUAGACGACAAGCUCGUCGUCCCGUUUGGUGGGAACAGUUACAGGAAGGUCAGGGAUGUCACUCUACGUCAGGAUGACGUCAUGUUGAUUGGUUAUCCCAAGACAGGAUGUCACUGGACCUGGGAGGUCCUUAACAUGAUGGUCAACAAAAGAGCGGAGACCUCCAAGUUUGGAAAAGUGUUGUCGUUUCUGGAGGAGGUACCCCUGAGUCUUCUAGAGAACACGCCCAGCCCCAGGGUGUUGAACUCACACCUGUGGUGGGGCUACCUGCCCAGACAGUUGUCAGAAAAGAAAACAAAGAUCAUCCUGACCUACAGGAACCCUAAAGACACGGCUGUGUCCUUCUACCACCAUCACGUCUCCAUACCAAUCAUCUACCACUACAACGGCAAGUUCCAGGACUGGUUCCCUCUCUACAUGGACGGCCAAGUCGACUACGGAUCCUACUUCGACUAUUACCUGUCAUGGGAUCACGUGAUCAAAUCCAACCCAGACCAACCCAUACUGGUUGUAUCAUACGAGGAUAUGAAGGAGGAUCUACCCAAAGUCAUAAAGAAAAUGGCGACGUUCCUCGACCUUGACCUUGAUGACCAGCUUGUGGAGGAUAUAGCCACGUCUUCAGGGUUUACGGCUAUGAAGAAAAAAUAUCUGGAAUCGAAGUCGGUAUCGGAAAUUCUACUGCGGAAAGGGCAAGUAGGCGAUUGGAAAAACUGGCUGACUGUGGCCCAAAGCGAGGCUGUGGACGAGAAGAUGAAAAAGUUGGAUGGGACGCUUUUUUCGAAUCAAAGAUAUACACUAAAAGACGUGAUGAACGUGGACACCUUUGUGUUCCCUAGCAACAAGAGCGUGUUUGACGCGGACGGCGUGGAGCUGAAGCUGUGUGCGGUGGACGACAAGCUGCUGCCUUGCUUGCCCGAGACCAACUACACAAGGGUCAAGGACAUCCAGCUCAGGGACGAUGACGUUCUGUUGCUCGGGUACCCCAAAACAGGUUGCCACUGGACAUGGGAGGUCCUGAGCAUGAUUGUAAACAAAAGCCCGGUCAUAUCGAAAAUAGGGAAAGGGGCGGGGUUUCUGGAGAUGGCAACACCCGAAUACAUUGAACGUCUGCCUAGUCCAAGGGUCUUAAACACUCACCUCUGGCGCAACUACUUACCGGAACAAGUAGCCGAGAAGAAAAUCAAAUCGAUCCUGACAGUCCGGAACCCCAAAGACACGGCCGUGUCCUUCUACCAUCACGAGCUGACCACCCAGAUGUCGCACGGCUACAACGGCACUUUCAAGAGCUGGUUCCAGAUGUACCUGGACGGUACAGUGGAAUAUGGAUCUUACUUUGACUAUUACCUAGAAUGGGAUCAAGACCUCACAGAUAAUCCUAAUCCGCCCAUUCUGGUCGUUCGCUACGAAGACAUGAAAGAGGACUUACCAAGGGAGAUAAGAAGGAUGGCUGCGUUUUUAGAGUUAUCUCUCGACGACGACCUUGUUGAGGAAAUCGCCAAAGCUGCGGGCUUUGACUCUAUGAAGAAAAUCUAUGAGACCAGAAACCCCAUCUCAGGCAAACUGUUAAGGAAAGGCCAAGUAGGCGACUGGAAAAACUGGCUGACAGUGGCCCAAAGUGAGGCUAUUGAUGAAGAGAUGAAAAAAUUGGACGGGACACGUUUUGCGGAUCAAAAUAUAUGUGUUGUGAUUAU